AUGAAAUACGCGGCGUUAAUCGCGUUUCUCGCGGCCACCAGCGCCGCCAGCCCAACAGCCGUGGACUACGUGCGCUACAACUUCUUCACCUUCGAGAACCAGCUAUGGAAGAACGUGACCGACCCGGAGUGGACGCAGGGGGGCCUCGCCGGUGACAUCGAGCUGACAAAGGCCUUUGUCGCUUUCGACGAGCAGAUAGCGUCGGUGCCGCGUCCGCCGCGUCCACCGCUCGACUCCUGGCUGUGGAUCAAGGCGGUGGAGAGGCUGCAAGUGAUAGAUGGCUUCUACAAGAGCUUCUUGGACUUCGUGCACCGGCAGUCAAAGCCGGGGGGUGUUGCGGCGCCGAGUCGCGAGUGGCUGGACCUGGCUGAGAGUGUGCUGAUGGAUCCCAGUACGUCUGUCGCCCAGGCUGUGAGGAAACUGCACGAUCUUUUGGAGCACGGGGAUAUGUUCCGUUCCGUUUUGCAGGAGAAACACCCAGACGUGUGCGACCUUCAGCUGUCUCCCCACCAGCUCAUCUACGAUAUGUACAACACCAUUGCCCUGACUGAAAUCAAGGGUUACGCCAUGAUGCAGUUCUCCUGGAUGUUGCUAAGGAUAUAUGGAAAAGGCAACUUCACCCAAGAAGCCAGUCUGACGAGGCAGAGAUACACAGAAAGAGUCGUCCGCACAGCUGUAGCCGCCAAAGACGCUCUCUCUAUGGCCAAGCGGGAUUUGUACAGGUGCGACCCAGCAGAACACGCCAAAGGUGUAACCUACGAGGAGGUGACGAGACUCCUCCAGGGCUACAUAGAGAACGAAGUCGACAUGAACGAAGGCCAGUCGUGCAGUGGAAACUGCGCUUACUACACGGUCGCCAAGAAUCAUGGAUGCUUUAAGGAGCAGUACUGCUCCAAGCAGCCAACUUGCAGGGGACGCAUAAUCAACUGCCAGUAUAUUGACUCUGAUAUGUGGAUCUGCCCAGCGAGUAAAACCAGUACGCGACGCUACGAAUGGAUAGAAUAUGAGAACGGGCGCAAACUGGGACGAGGGGCAUCCUGCUCAAGAGGAACAACAAAGGUGGAUUCUUGGUGGCGAUGGUUAUUCUGGCACUGCUCGUACUGUAUGUGCCUUUGCGACGAGUCAGGUCCGACCUCAGACCGGUACUUCAGCCUAUGGGACGCCACUUCCGAUGUCAAGAACAAUAAGUUAGUCGACUCCUGGUGGAAGUGGUACCUCGUCCACUGCUCCUACUGUUUCUGUAUAUGCGAAGAUGAUGUAAACGUCGCUGAGCGUUCGUUCAGUUUGCGCGAAGCAAGCGCAGCCAUCGACAACAACAAAGUUGUCACCGGAGUGCGUCUGGUGAAGCACGGCCAGGUGUUCCACCUGCAAAUCAGCGAGGGUAAGCUGGGCGAGCGUGGAACGGUGACGGCCGGCAGCUGGGUGCCGGUGCAGAAGUUCGACAUCAAUGAUCCGGACGUGCGGGACGGCGUGGACUACCACACACUCUCGUACGAGAGACGUGCGGUGGAUUUGGACGAGCUGGACUCACCGUACAGGCAUAUACUGACAGGUGUCAGGUUCCGUAUGAUCGGGGCACAUUUGCACUUCGAGAUUCGGUCGACGCCCUUUAAUUAUACGACCGGCCGAUUGUCGCCCGAGCGUAGCGUUUGGAUCAGCAAUGAUAAUACCGAUGGGGCUGAAGUACCAAGGAGCAGGAUAAAUUUAUUCAGCCCGGACGUCCCGAUACGCAGUAGCUCUCCCCUACCAGUGGACUCGACACACGAUCAAUUCAUUGAGUUUACCAAUAGCGAUUUGGAUGCAGACGCUGCGCAGAGUACUGUGCCUUUUAUAGACAUACAGCCAAUCGAGCCAUUGAAAGGUGGUUCAUUGAUUAGUGGUGCCGGCAUGAUACACCGUGGAGCCCGUGGCUCUGGAGGGUUCAUCGCUCCAAAGCUCAUCACCUACGACUACUCCCGCCACGUGAAAGCCGAGCUACCGAUAGACAUCUACGAGGGGGAAUCCCCCGAUUUCAUGCCCGUAGCAGCCAACUAG